CUGGCAGACAUAAAUUGCUAUCAACCUAACGGUGUAUGCGAGUUUUCAACAGCAGGGCGCCCUGGCACAUCUUCCAGUACAGCAGGUAUUCUGUAUUAUUCGGAGAUAAGCUCACGCAACAACAGUCUAGAUGUCAGUAGGUACCACAACUCCACGUCUACUGUCAAAUACAACGUGUACGAGGGCCAUCAGUGGACUUCUUAUGAUGACGAGGAGUCAUGGCAUGACAAGAUGGGCUUUCUCUCGUCACGCUGCCUCAACGGUUUGAUGAUUUGGUCUCUUGACGAAGGCACCGGCGAGUCAGACGCGCUCAAUGCGCUCAUGGGCGACAUAUCAAGUCUCGAGAUGCAAAACGGCGGGCGGUUAACCGAAGCUCAACAGAAAAAGAUCGCGCACGAGUUUGGGGCUUACACAGGACAGGAUUGCUUUGUUACUACAAAGUGCACUGAUGGAAGUAAAGACCAGCUAGGGACCGACCAGGUCUGUCCAAGUGGGUAUCAGUCCGUAGCAACAGCACAUAACCCUGUCCACGCACCUGGGCAGCCUACACCAGAUGAGUGUUCAGAGGGCUCAUUCCACCACAUUUGUUGUCCAAGAGAUGCAAUGCCCAAA